GUUUUCAUGAAAUGAACUCUAUUUUCAAACUAAACCUCAUUUCGUAUAUAAAUUCAACACAACUCUUGAGCUCAUAUUAAGUCAAUGUUUGGGAAAAAAUUCAUAACAUAUUUGUCUGUAUUUAAUAAAACCGCAAAACUUCCCAAAUUUUGUGUCAACGCAUACGCCAUACGAAGAAUGUCUGCCAACAGUCACUACAAACAGAUCCAAGUGUUCAACUACUCGACCGACUUCGGUGAGGCGACUAAAAUAGUUUCGCUGCCUUUAGUGGAUCCCAAAAGUGAUGAAAUACUUGUAAAGAAUCUCUUUGUGGGCAUCAAUGCCACGGAUCUGAACAUCACUGCCGGACGCUAUUUCAAACACUCGGACCCGCCCUAUCCCCUGGGGAUUGAAGCUCUGGGACAAAUUGUUAAGACUGGAAGUGCUAUCAAGAACUACAGUGUCGGCCAGUACCUGGUUGUCAAAUGUGGUAGUGGUCAAAUAAGGGGAUAUUCAGAGUAUUUGUAUGUGACGUCUGCUGACGGCCUGACAGUCGUCCCAAAGCCAGACCCGGAAUACUUGGCUCUCUUCGGCACCAGUGGUUUGACUGCAUCCAUAGGUCUGUCCGAAGGCUCGCAUUUGGCUUCAGGAGAAAAAGUGUUGAUUACGGCGGCGGCGGGAGGUGUCGGACAUAUCGCCGCCCAAUGGGCUCUACUGAAGGGCUGUCACGUAAUCGCCACCACAUCUAACGACAAGAAGCAGGAGUUCCUCAAAGAGUUGGGUUGUCAUCGGGUUAUCAAUUAUAAGACCGAGAAUUUGGAUCAAGUCUUGAACACUGAAUAUCCG